GUCAUCACGACAUGGCCGCUUCCUCACAUCAUUUCGUUUUCCCGCGCGAGUGUAGAUGCUUCGUGCGCUGCGUUGAAGGGAUAUUUGCUCAAAGGAAUACAUUUUGCCAAGAAAGAAGCCAACAUGGUGCGCAGUCGGAAAUCCACCAAGCAGGUCAACAUUGGGCCACUCCUCGUCCGAACGGCAAAUGAAUGUGCUGACCCAUUGCAAGCUGUAACUACCGAACUGGCUGUCUACACACGCGAUGACCUCAGGGUACGAGUGAGCUGCGUCCGCGCCACAGCGGCUCCCAACGAUCUUCGUGAGUGGGCCUUUGACCUGGUGUCGAAGAACAUGCGCGAACUCUACGAGGCCAGCCAGUGGGGCUGGAGCGAGAACGCCAAGCGCAAAGAGCUGGGCCACCGGGAUGCCUGGUACCUGGUGGCACACCUGGAAGAAGACAACUCACCCGUUGGGUUCAUCCACUUUCGUUUUGACAUGGACGGCGGCAUGUCGGUGCUUUACUGCUACGAGCUGCAACUAGAGUCGCGGGUGCAGCGUAAAGGCCUGGGCUCACACCUGAUGCACCUGCUGGAUCAGCUGGCGGCCCACUUCCGCAUGUGCAAGACCGUCCUGACCGUCUUCAAGAGCAACACGGGAGCCCUGGCAUUCUACCAGAAGGCGCUUGGCUAUCGCACCGACGAGACGAGUCCGUCGGGAGACGCAGCCGACUACGUCAUCCUGAGUCGCCGCACAGGGGUCCCUGCCAAGCGCUGACAGAAGUUCCUUGCCUGUCGUGUUCAUCCCUGUGCGCCUUGUAUAGUGCGUAUUGUAUAUGUGCAUUUAACUUCAGAGUGCAGGCUUUUUCUGAAAAGCCCUCAACCACCGCAUCAAGACGACUGCUGGAAAAACACCAUGUGGGUGUCACUAUCACUGUAUUCCCUCGAAAUGGAGCAAAUGGUGAUUGGUGCUUGCAGAUGCUGUAUUACACAUGUGUAUAACUAUACGCUACACAAAUGGAAUACAAACUAUUUUUUAGAUAUUGGACAUGAAAUGCCUACAUACUGCAAACUCUUGCUGGCAACAGACUUGUCCUGUCAAUCAAUUUAAACACACCCAUUGUAUUGCUCGUUUUUUUAGCUCAAUGGCAAUGUGAGAAUGUAUGUGGUAUCCUGGUUUGUUUGGGCUCUAUUCAAUGCAUCAAAAUGGUUGUGUUGUACUUGUUCUCAUCUCCUCUUAUAUAAUUGCCUGGAUUUGAAGUGAUCUGACUGGCAUGGUGUGACAAAGAUUUCUGCAAUCAUCUAUUGUGUCCAUCUAAGUUAUGGUUACGAUAGCAUUUAACCCUUUCUUGUCGCCUUUAAUCACAUCUACAUUUGCAUUCCCUCCAUUACCACUGUACAUAACCUCAUCUUCAUCAACAUCUGUUGUGGCUGUGCUUUGAGGUGUUCAAACUUUUGGCCCCCACUUUAUGGGUGGGGCUCCACCGAGUGAUAAACUGUAAAUUCAUUUCUACAAGUCUCUGUUGAAAUGUCUUCUGUUGAAUAAGUAUGUCUUGUCAUAGAAACUAAACUUUACACAAUUUGUUGUA